CUAUGUGGUAUGUAUCGAUGCGCUAAUUCAUUACUUGUCUCUCCCACACAGGUGCAGCAGCAGCAGCAGCAGCAGCAGCAAGAGGACCAAUCGGUAACAGCAGCAGCAGCAGGAACAGCAGGUGCAGCAGCAGCAGAGGAAGAAGAGGACCGAGCAGCAGCAGUAGCAGAAGAGGACAGACCGGCAGCAACAGCACCAGCAUCAGGAACAGCAGUUAAAUGCACAACAUCUCCCGCACUAAUCCAUUACUUGUCUCUCCCACACAGAUACAGCAGCAGCAGCAGCAGCAGCAGACGAACUGAUCCUGACAACUUCAAGCGUCACCAAACUGACCGACUCAAACAUAGGAUAGGUUAGGUUAGUUAGUCAGUGAGGUGGCCCAUGUAGUUGUCAGGGUCAGGAGGAGCAGGAAGAAGAAGCAACAGCAUCACCAGCAGCAGAGAGUAAGUACCUGUAAUG